AUGGUAAACAACCAUUUCCCCGUACAGGCGACCGAGCUCCAGAACUUUUGCGUCGGGAUGCCAGGGGGUCAACGAACGUUCGACCUGGUGCCAACGACCUUGGUCAAGUCCAAUGGCAACCAGAAGCCCAUGACCAGCAAGGCUGCCAAGAAGGCAUAUCAACAGGCAAACCGAGGGCCGAAGAUCACCAGGGCGGAACAGCGCAAGCGGGAUGCUGCAGAACUGGAGGCGCAGAGGAAAGAAUAUGAGAAGGAGAAGGCAGCAGUAAGGGCUAAAGCAGCAAGGGAGAAGAAGGCGGCCAAGGCGAAUGCUGAAAAGGAAGCCCGGAGGAAGAAGGGACUCCCAGAACCGAGCAAAUUCGUCCGCGCCAGCCAACCUACUAUAUCCAGGUUUAUCAGGAGCGACAGCAAUGGCAAAAGAAAGUGGGAGAAGGUGGGCGAUGUUGUGGAGGUCUCUGAUAGUAAUACUACGUCUGGCACGGAGAGGGGUGAUGAGGGACCACCAGCGAAACGUAUGGCAUCGAUUGGAGAAGACUCUGAGGACGAAUUCGGAGAAUUCCCAUCUCUGUCGCAGACCGAUAUAUUGGAGAAGAUCGAUGGCUCUAUUAAGCCCAACAAAUACGGCGCCUCAGAUGCAGAGUUGUCAUUUUUGGAAUCAUGCCCACCUCUAGAACCUCACUACCGCGAAGCUUCUCAAGAACUGCCUUCAAGGAAACUCUCAGCUGAAGCUCCGGGAGAGGACUUCGAAGCUUUCGAUGAGAUGGCCACGACUCAACUGCUGUCGGAUCUUGCUGAGGCUAUAGCUAAGUCCGAUUCAAUAGAGCUUCCUGUAGAGUCUCCACCACCAGAAUAUACGAACAAGAGAUUAAAGAGUGUAGUUAUGGCUGCUGCAUCUCCCAAAAGUUCUGUAAGGGUAGUUGGGAAGUCAGGAAUCGCCACAGAAGUGCACAGCAAAGGUGUUUCUCAAACGAAUACGAGCACGGUACGACUGGAUGUCGAAUCGACUGCUAGCAGGAGUCCGAAAAGCAACCAACUCAAUCUUUAUCCAAAGGCCGUUCAGUCGCUUCAGUGUGCCAAUGGCCAACAUGACGCUAUGAACACAACAGUACAGGCUGUGAAGCCUUUUCUACAAGAGCGAUCUACCAACAUGCCGCCACCUCGGCUUCCGAUCAAGAAAACAGGCUCUGUUGCCUUUGCCAAUACGCCAAACCGUACAGCCAAUUCUCAGAAGACAAAAAAAAUGGGCUGUAGAACGAUACCGAAUGUCCCUCCGACUCCAACUCAGGCGUUCCUCGAGGAUCAUAUGGACGACUUCUUUCCCAGCCCCACUCAGGAAAUACGGGAACUCCUCGAAGACGUUGAUGAUCUUCCCUCUAAUGCGGAAAUCUCCAAAGAGCCCAUUUCCGAAAAGCAGGCAGACACCAGCGAUUUUUACGAUUUGAUAUGCACCCAGGCCUUCGCUCUAUCGCCAGAGGACCUUGCCGAGAUAGCUACACCAAGCCGAGCUCCUUUGAAACCUCUCGCUGUUCCGGUGAGUGUAGCAUCCCAUCCCGUCUCGCGAGAGAAGCGCCGAUUUUUCGAGGAGAAAGACGAAGACGUGUUGCAUGCUGCUAUUCACGAAAGCAGGUCGUUGGCUAUCAACGAAAUUAAAAAAGCACCAUCAAACGACGUAGCAUCUUUCAACAAGUACCAGCCCGAUUCGGCCGACUAUGGAGAUCUUGACUUGGAAUUUGUCGACCCAACACACCCUUUUCAGAACGAUGAGGAGAAGCAGCUUGAAGCAGCCAUUCGGGAGAGCAAAAUUCUAGCAGAACAAGAAUCUGAGAGAGCAGCGUCAUUCAAACAGCCGCCUCACAACAGUGCGCAAUCUGAUUCGUCCGAUUACGGGGAUUUUGAACAUUUUUUCGAAGAACAGGCUGAAGAAGUGUCUCGCGGUUUCCAGGAGGACCGACGGCCAGCUCUGGCAGAUACAUCACAGCAGUAUCAGCCACCGGAAAAGGAGGUCAAGUCAGCGCCAGCCGGAGGUAGGAAAGCCGAGCGUCGGUUUUUUCAGGAGAAAGACGAGGACGUGUUGCAUGCUGCUAUAUACGAGAGUACAAGAGAGACAGUUUGGAAGGUGCCUGUGAAACAACCACCCAGACUUCCCCAGAGGACGUUGAAGAGAGUCCAGUCGACCGCGUCCGACUACGGAGAUGAUGAUUUUAGCGGCUGCUCUCAGGAGCUUCUCGAUUUAUGUGGAAGGGGUUGA